AUGGCUACCAAGAAGAAGAAAGAGAACGUAGUCUUUCUGAACAUAACUAUUGUUGAUGCUUCCUUAGCCGUGAAGGAAAAAGUCAUGAAAAGAAUGGAGAAGCUACCCAAACCAGUCCAAAAUCAAGCUGCGCAUGCCGCUACUUACUUUACCGGGCGGCGAAAGACUGCUCAAGUGCUAAGUCAACGAUUCUGUCGAGAGCUGCCUCGUACUUUUGCCAAAAAGGGUGUGACGAUUACGGUGGAGGAAGUGUUUCGAGAAGGACCUUAUGUUGUCCUCAAAUUGAAGGUGCUGAAUGUAGACUCGGAAUCGAUUGAUCGCAAUUGGUUGAGAUGGUUUACUCGGAACAUUGGAUUCAAGGACCAAAUUGAAGAGAAUUUGUUACCAAAUCUGGUUGCCAAGCAACUUACAGAGACAAUGCCUGCAUUGGUAGACGAACGGAUGGCUCAGAGCAAGAUAACUGCUGAAACGAAAGUGAAUAUCCGAUCAAAACAGGAAGAAUACUUUCAAAUGAAACUGGAGGAAAUUAGUGAAGAAAUAGAGACAAGAAAGCGUAACAAGUCGCUGCAAAAGAUUCGAAGACGGCUGAGUUUGUCAAGUGGUGGUGACUCGAAAAGAUCCAUAGAUGAAGAGCGACAACCACAAAAUGAUGAGCAAUCCGUCUCUUCAGAACCCAACAAUCUCAGGGCAAAGCUGAAGAAGAGGCUGUCUAGCGUUUCUAUGAAGAGCACUUUCAGUUCUGAUGAGGGAGACAAAGAAAACACUGAGGUGUUGGAUCUUACAGAAGAUGACAAGCCGUCUCGAUGGAGACGGUUGCGUGGAGAUCGAAAUGAUUGUGAGAUCAUGGAAGUUUGA